AGCAUAUCACGAGAGCAUUCAUUUUCCUCCAAAAUGGCACUGUAAACGGUAGUACACACGCUGUGCCAGAAAAUCACCCCGAAAAGAUUUUGCUGCGGUUAGUCUUCACCAGUGUGAAAAUUUACUGCCACCUCCAUUCGGAUCAGAAAGGAUAUUCUCAUCGUCAUGACACGUGGCUGGGGCGCAUGUAGUAAAUAAAUUUACUUAUCAGUAAAAUCACUAAAAGUCUUCCAAAAAUCAACUAGAUAAUAGUAACAAAAAAAAUACGAAAAAUUAAUAGGUGAGAGAUUUCACAUUAUCUGCAAGAAGAGAUAAAACCGGACAAAGAUGUCUUUCCUGAAUGCACUCCGUGCAACGCCUCUGCCACCGGUGAAGAAUGUCCUGAACGUGGCCCUUCAAACUGCUCGUCAGUCAAUUCCGUCUAAGAAUAAGCAAAAUGAUUACGAGCAGCCUGAAGGAGAGAAUAUGGCACCGGGAACGAGUAUGCGAGCACCACCACAUAUUCCGCCACGGCCACAGAAUGUGCACUUUGCUGAUUCCGAUGGAGACACUGGUGGGACUACCGAAAUGAACCCCUUGAAUCCGUUCACCAACCCCAAAGCAUAUUAUCAAGAAGGGGGCGACGAUCCUACGGCUGGACAGUACCAAGAAACUGGGUUCAAUCAGCCGAGGGAUUUCGAGAAUGGUUAUCAAACUGGAGCCUACCCGAGGCAAGGUAGCGUUCAAUCGUUUGGUUCCGAUAGUACUUUUGCUGGCGGUUGCGAAGGGGAAACGCCAGAUGGGCUAAAAAUCAAUGAAUAUCAGGCAGCAUGGAAUGUGACUAAUGCUAUCCAGGGUAUGUUCAUCGUGUCGCUUCCGUUUGCUGUGCUUCGUGGUGGUUAUUGGGCCAUCAUUGCGAUGGUCGGAAUAGCACACAUCUGCUGCUAUACGGGCAAAAUUCUGGUCCAGUGUUUGUACGAACCGGAUCCGCAAACCGGCGAGCCAGUGCGUGUUCGGGACAGUUACGUAGCUAUCGCAAAAGUCUGCUUCGGCAAGAAAGUCGGAGCUCGAGUCGUAAGUAUAGCGCAGAUCAUAGAACUGCUGAUGACCUGCAUUUUGUACGUGGUAGUUUGUGGUGACUUGAUGGCUGGCUCGUUCCCCGACGGUGCGUUGGACACCAGAUCGUGGAUGAUGUUGUGCGGAAUCUUUCUACUGCCAUUGGCUUUCCUUAAAUCGCUCCACCAUGUCUCGUUGCUGUCGUUCUGGUGCACAAUGUCGCAUCUGCUUAUAAAUGCGAUCAUUGUUGGCUACUGCCUACUGGAGAUCGGCGACUGGGGCUGGAGUAAGGUCAAGUGGCGAAUGGAUUUCGAAAACUUUCCAAUCUCGCUUGGUGUUAUUGUCUUCUCCUACACGUCGCAGAUCUUUUUACCGACACUCGAAGGAAACAUGGAGGAUCGUUCUAAAUUCAACUGGAUGCUGGACUGGUCUCAUAUUGCUGCAGCAGCCUUGAAGGCUCUCUUUGGUUACAUUUGCUUCCUAACAUUCCAGAAUGAUACUCAGCAGGUUAUUACAAACAAUCUGCAUUCCCCGGCUUUUAAGGGUUUAGUAAAUUUCUGUCUUGUUAUCAAAGCAGUUCUCAGCUAUCCACUGCCGUAUUUUGCCGCUUGCGAAUUACUUGAGCGGGCAUUCUUUCGUGGAAAACCAAAGACCAUAUUCCCCGUUGUUUGGGAACUCGACGGCGAUUUGAAGGUUUGGGGUCUUGCAUGGCGAUUAGGUGUUAUUGUUGGAACCAUUAUGAUGGCUUGUUUCAUUCCGCACUUUUCAAUCUUGAUGGGCUUCAUCGGAAGUUUCACUGGCACAAUGCUUAGUUUUAUUUGGCCAUGUUACUUCCAUUUGAAGUUAAGAGGACACCUGCUAGAUCAGAGGGAGCGAGCUUACAAUUUUUUCAUCAUCUUUUUGGGUGUUUUAUUUGGCGUGGUUGGAAUCUACGAUUCCGGAACCGCUUUAAUUAAAGCAUUUGAGAUUGGUCUUCCAUUCUAAUUAUCUUCAGAAAAGCGUGUGAGCAUUAGCGAUACUUCAUUUGAUAAUGCAAUUAUGUGUAGUUGUUAAGCUUACUACUACUACUACUAUCGACAAUUUACUUAAGAAAAUAUAAUUAUAGUUUGAGUUGACUGGAAGUUGAAGUAUCGUGCUGAAAUUAAUUGCGCGCACGUUUAUCGGUUAGACAUAUCUGGAAACCAGUGUAUAUUACCCAAUUAUCUAGGAAUAGUGCCCAAAAAUAACGAAUAAGGGAAAAUCAAAUUUUACAACUUACGAUUUAAACGAAAUGAUCAUUGUCUUCCUACAUGUGAUGAAAAUCAACAGAAAAGAAAAAAAAACAGUUAAUCCAACUGUCUUCCAAAGGUUGCAGAGAAGUUUUCUGCAACCUGACAAAUUACAAUUAAUAGAAUGAAAUUAACGCAAAUAGUUAGUAUCUGAGGGAUUGAAUGAUGCGUAUUAUAUGUACACAAAAAUGCAAUAAAUGAACAUCGUUACAAUAAAACGCAUAAAAUCCAUGAAAUGCGUAAACGUGUAUCAGAAAGAAGGAAACAAUUAAACGUAUAUUGACAAUAACACGAAAUCAUGUAUUUAUGCGGUUAUAAUAUAUUUAUCAGCUCUAUUGUAACUGAGAAUUGCAAAAAAUAGUCGAUUAAGCGUAAAAAAAACAUAUAAUAUAAAUAGACGAUCCUGAUGAGUCUACAAUCGUUACAGAUAUAGUGAAUACUGAAAUGUUUUGAAUAUUUUAAAUUAUCUAGUCGUUAACUAUACACUUGCUGAAAUCAUGUCUUCCAAGGAAAAGUAAGAAAUAUGUUCACUAAAAAUAUCCACCGUCUUCCAAUAUAUACACCUUUCGAAAUAAAAUUAUCAACAUGAUUUAUUAUAAUUUACUUGUUUCCUGUGGUAAAAUUGUUACACUUGAUUUGCUGAUUGAAUUUAGGUUUAGUAAAUGAUUAUAGCCAAUAAUAUGUUACACUUGAACGCGAGACGUUAGAAAGGAGAAUCCUUAAGCUUACUAAAUUAUUGUAUUCAAAAGUAAUACUAUAGGUGUCCAAAUAAAUAUAGUUAGUUGACUCCA